AUGGAUUUCCACGCGGAGAGCGAUGCUGGCAUGAAAGGCAUCGUGCUGUCGGUUGCAUUGCCUCUAGCAGGGGUGGGCAUAGGAUUUUACAAGCUUUCAGCUGGUGUGAAGCAGGCGAAGUCAGAAGUACCCGCUUGUUCCAUAAGCCAGUACAUCAUCGUGAGCAGCAUUAUGUUGGUAGUGUGCGCCGUCUAUGGCUUUGUCGGUGCUGCGGUUAUUCACAAUGACCUUGGGAAGGAACCAGCCUUGCCAGGCAAUUCCGCACUGGCGGUUGGCCUGGUGAACGGUUGUGCUUCUGGCAUAUCGGCUGUGGGGCAAGGCUAUUUCGCGGGGAAAGCUGUGCAAACAGGAGCUCGGCAGCCUCGAGUCUUCACUGGCUUCGUCUUGAUCUUGAUCUACAUCGAGGCUUUUGCCCUCUACGGCCUGUGUCUUAGCCUCUUGUGUGGCGGCUUUGCCCCCGGCCGGGAGGACAUUUCCCCAGGUGCUGUGAUUCCCUUUGCUUCCGUGUUUCUGUUUGCCACACUUGGCGGUGUAGUUGGCUCGACCGCAUCUGGCUAUGCCAUAUUGGAUGUGGGACUUGAGAGGCCCGACCUCAUUAUGCUCGCAAUGCUUCCAGUGGUCUUUAAUGGUGUGACAGGUAUCUACGGGCUCAUCAAUGCAGUCGUCGAUGCGCGGACCUGGCCACCCAGCGGAGAGGAUUCAGCCGCUGGUGUCCUGUACCUCCUUUCAAGCGUGGGUUUGGCUUACUUCGGCUAUACCUGUGUGAAAGCUUUGCCAGGCAACCCCGGCUCUUUGGUGAGCAUGAUUCUUAAGUUGAUCAUCAGCCAAUCCAUCGGCCUGGCGGGUCUCAUCUACGCUCUCUUCACCCAUGGCACCUGGUCCAAGGGCAUCGAUGCGAUCGACGCGAAAUCCGCGCCUUUGAGCCUUGCGGAGGGCCUCGCCGCGCACAAGCCAGAGACCUGCUUGGCCCUGACGCUCUUUGCGUCUGCGGCGGCCCUGGCGGCUCUCGCCGAUGCCCUGGGUACCUCUCGAAACCACAGGCUGCAGGAGGCUCUGCUGGCCUGA